GAUCAUAGUUAUAAGCGCAAUAAAGCGCAAGUUGUUUAUAGAGUAUGACGCAACGCGAGCAGUCUCGAACGGCGCGCGUCUGUGAACGUCCGUCGACAGGCGACCUUGUAUUAUGACCCGAGUGUUCGUAAAUCCUUAGCUUUAUAAAUUCUCACGUGAAUAUCGACGCUUAUUUUAUAGAAAAUGGAUUUUACUUGCAUAGGACUGUUUUUUGUGUUGAGCACAACAUUAGCGAUAGCGCCAACAGCAGCGGCCACGUCGGCUCUUCUUUUAACGCCUUUCAUAAAAUUAAAUCAAACUGCCGAAGCACGCAACAGGUCUUUAGUCACUCCUGCGCUGUUCCUCGACACCACCAGCCAUUCAGGUUUUCUCACCGUCGAUGAAGAAUAUAACUCCAAUACAUUCUUCUGGUAUUUCCCUGUGAUCAACAAACCGGUUCCCGAGACGCCCUGGAUCAUAUGGCUACAAGGAGGUCCAGGCGCCACUAGUCUAUAUGGUCUUUUCGAUGAAAUCGGACCAUUUGAAUACACCAAUAAUGUGCUGAAACUGCGCGAAUGGUCCUGGAGCAGACAACAUUCGAUGUUGUUCAUCGACAAUCCCAUCGGAGCCGGGUUCAGCUUCACCGGCAGCGAACAAGGGUUCGCGACUAAUUCGUCCACGUACAGCAACCACCUGUAUAGCGCCGUCCAGCAGUUCCUGACAAUCUUUCCAGAACUCCGCUCGGCUCCCCUGUAUAUUGCGGGAGAGUCGUACGCUGGACACUACGUACCCGCCCUCGCUGUAAAGAUUAAGGACAACACUGACGAGAAUAGAAGUAUUAAUUUACAGGGUAUAAUCCUGGGCAAUCCAGUGCUAGAUCGGGAGGACAUAGAGAAUGUGACUGCCGUGUUCCAUCAAUGGGGUCUAAUCGACACGCAGGGUGCGCUCGCUGUGCGACCUCUGCAGGACGCGUACGUCUCGGCAAUACAGAGGGGCGAAUAUGCGCAGGCGGCUGAGUUUCGUAACACAUUACUGGACAGACUAAGCGAUUUGUCUCUGCAAAAACAACUCUACAAUAUCCUCGUGGACGAUUAUGAUAUUAACGAGUUCGAAGAAUACUUGCGCAGGGAAGAUGUGAGAGAAGCGUUACAUGUGGGGGACGUAGAGUUUACCGCUGACAACGGCACUGCGCGCAGCAAGCUGUUGCCUGAUUUCCUGUUCAAAUUAGAGUCCAAGAUAGAAGAGGUGCUUGAGCAUUACAGAGUUUUAAUUUACUGUGGUCAAUUGGAUCUCGUCGCCCCGUGCGCGCCGAGCGCCGGCGCGCGCCGCCGCUGGCGCUGGAGCCGCCGCCGGGACUUCCUCGCGGCGCCUCGCGUGCCGUGGAGCUACGACGAGUCCGUGGCGGGCUACGUGAAAAGCGGAGGCGGCUUCACUGAGGCGCUCGUUCGAGGCGCAGGUCAUCUAGUCCCCAUAGACAAACCGGCCCAGGCUUACAGGCUCGUGUCCUACUUCAUCAGACGCUUGGACAUGCCUUUGCCAGCUAACUACAAAUCGCGACCAGACGACACUCCAGACUUACUUGCCGUUAGAGAUCAGCCUCAUCAGGAUCACACGAACACCGGAAUGAUAAUAAGCAUUGCGAUAAAUGUCGCUUUAGUCGCGGCUUUGAUUGUCGGCGUCGUGUCGUACAUCAGAUUGAAGAGGAAAACUGAGGCUUUCUGCUAUAACAUGGUUGACAAUGUAUCUGACGAUAUAUUUUUGACUUAGACUGAGUCUGUGGCGGUUCAUGUGAUGUGCGCAGUGUGAUUGUGCGGGAGGACCCACCUUCGCGAAGCGGUGAAAUGUCAUCCACUUUGUCCCUAUUGUUGUAUUUGUUGUUGUAUUUUUAUUAUUAUAAAUUUUGUGAUAUUUUUAUAAACUUCGCCCUAUGUUCGGCCUUACAAACUAACAGCUGUGGGUGAAAUAAAUCAAUCAACUAAGUACCCUACAUACGUAGUAAUGAGCCUUGAUGUGUAAAUUGUUGUACUGAUUAG